CGCAGCCUCCGCUCGCUCGCAGUCCCCCGCGUCCCCCAGGCCGCGAUCGCCAGCGGCACACACCCCCGCGGGCACCCACCCCAGAUGUGAAGUGGACCGCAGCCCCUCGCCCUAGCGCCACCCACGGAGUCUCCCCGUGUCUCCUCCAGCAAACCCCACAGCUGGAAGAUGUGGCAGCCGGCCACGGAACGCCUGCAGCACUUUCAGACCAUGUUGAAGUCGAAACUGAAUGUCCUUACCCUGAAAAAGGAGCCUCUCCCAGCAGUCAUCUUCCACGAACCAGAGGCCAUCGAGUUGUGCACCACCAUGCCACUGAUAAAGACACGGACCCACAGUGGCUGCAAGGUUACCUAUCUGGGAAAAGUUUCCACCACGGGCAUGCAGUUUUUUUCUGGCUGCACAGAAAAGCCAGUCAUUGAGCUCUGGAAGAAGCACACACUAGCCCAAGAAGACGUCUUCCCAGCCAAUGCUCUCCUGGAAAUCCGUCCCUUCCAAGUGUGGCUCCAUCACCUCGACCACAAAGGUGAGGCCACCAUCCACAUGGAUACCUUUCAGGUGGCCCGUAUUGCCUACUGCACAGCCGACCAUACCGUGAGCCCCAACAUCUUCGCCUGGGUGUACAGGGAGAUCAAUGACGACUUGUCGUACCAGAUGGACUGCCAUGCUGUUGAGUGCGAGAGCAAGCUUGAGGCCAAGAAGCUGGCCCACGCCAUGAUGGAGGCCUUCAGGAAGACUUUCCACAGUAUGAAGAGUGAUGGCCGGAUCCACAGGAACAGCUCCUCCAAAGAGGUGUCCCAGGAAUUGGAAUCUGAUGACGGCUGAAUGGACUUAGGAUGCUUCAGCAGAGGCAGCAAUGGUCAAGGAAUUCAAGAUGAUAGAUGAAUAAUCAAUGAUUCAAAUUUGGGAUGAAAAGACUGCCAAACUCUUGGCCGACCACACUUUUUAAAUUCAGAAGAGCAAUUCUAAAUCUAAAGAAAUGUAUCAUUAAAGUAAUUACGUUGCAUUGAAAUCUGCUGCUGCUGUGACUGUGAGGAGAGUGGGUGUGUGGAUGGGGAGGAAGGUUCUAGACUCUCUUCUUCUUUUUUUUCCUUAUUUUCCAGUGCCUCCCUCUGGGAGCUUUCCAUGCCGACUUUCACCACUCUCAGGCAAAUACUCUGUGGCUGUCAUUUGAUGAAUCAUUCCAAUUUGCCUUAUGAAACCCAGCAAGAAUGUUAGAUGCACCUACGUUAUCCAUCGUAAGAGGGUGGAGAGGCUGAUGUGGGUGCAAAGGCUGAAAGAGUGCCUCAGGAUGAUUCUGAGAGCUCCACCACCCCCAUGGCAUGUCUCCUCAGUAUGGGGACCAGCACAGCCAUCACUGAGCUUUAUGACUAACAACCCAAUAGUUGGCAGUUAAUUCACAGUUAAAGACAAUGCUUUUAUUACAUAAAUAUAUCAACUAGUACCCUUUUAUUGUAUUCACAUCAUCUAUUUUCUUAGAAGACUUGCAAUUACUAAUUAUCCCUUCCCUCUUCCUGCCCUCCCUGCCCUCCUUCCCCUUCCAACCCAAGCCAACAUCCCUAGACAGAUGGAUUCUCAACAUACACUGCAGGACACCAAAAGGGAAGAAAAUAACCAAGCAAAUGAAAUAAAUAAACAAUCCAACCAACUGGCCACAACAACAGAAAUUGUGGAAAAAGAGAAGGAGUUAUCAAACAAGUGGACAAACUCCAUGCAUGCAGUCCUUUUUUCAGCCCUGGUUUGUGGUAACUUAUUCCAUUUGAUGGAGCCCUGGUGGCACAGUGGUUAAGAUCUCAGCUGCUAACCAAAAGGUUGGCAGUUCAAAUCUACCAGCUGCUCCUUGGAAACCCUAGAGGGGCAGUUCUACUCUGUCCUAUAGGGUUGCUGAGUUGGAAUUGACUCAAAGGCAACGAGUUUGGUUUUUUGAUUUUUGGUAUUCCAUUUGAUGGUCCUGGCUGUUGAAUCCUUUAGAGCAAGCUUCAAGUCUGAUGGGGAAUUACCAAGGAAGCCUUGCUCCCAUCACUCACCAUUGCACUCAAUUAGGGAAUCAGAUCUCUAAAUUUGGCUUGUCUGGAGAAGCCAUGUGCAUCUGAAUCUAAAGGGAAAUCUGUCCUGUUAUCGUAAAAUUGGGGAUAUCUUAGGGUCACAGUUGCCAGUUCAUGAUUUCUAACGAGAAGUUCUCAUGACAAAAGCCUGGGAUUUCUGAGUUUCAUGGAUCUUUAGAUGUUAUAAGUGCAGAGUCAACAUUGAAUAAAAUGGAAAGGAUUUGUUAAAAUGCAUAUAUUUAAGGCUGAGAGCAGAUGACUGGUUUUCCAGGUAGUGCUGCUCUUUUCCAGAAGUCUGUUUUGAAUCCUGGUAAUGUUAGGGGCACUGGCGCACCUUACAGAAGCCUUAAAUGAACGCUAAAGAAAUCCAGAGAGCGGUGGUGUCAGCGUUUGGUCUGUGUAUCUGUGUGCCCGUGUAUGCGUCUGUGUGUGUGUAUGCGUGCUCCCCGUGCGUGGGUCCCGUGUUAAGGCAUGUAGAAUAAGCAUGGAGUAUACUGAGGAGGACUCACCUAUUGAAGACACGCUGUUGCUUUACGACAUAUGUAAACUAUUCUUGAGCAUAAAUGCCUUCACUCUUUAAUAAAAAUAUGUUUGCGUUAAUAAAGCUGAAGACUUUGGUGGUUUCUUUUGUCUUUCCCUUUUU